GUUCGUUUUGAAGGUUGUAAUAAGCUAUAAUAUCACUGGAAACACGACGAGUCCCCACAUAAAACCCUGGAAGCGAGCGGUGUACAAUCAGUGUUUUUUCUCCUCAAUUACCUCUCAGCUCAGCUUAGGCUCACCUGGCCCCGCGACAACCAAGGUGUCCUCCCCGGUAAAACAUUGAAGAUGCCUCUGACGCGGAUAUUAUCUAAAAGUUUGAAUACCUGUGAUGCGCAGUAAAAAUGCGUUGUGGCAGCUGUGCUGCUUCCCCUCAAGGUCAGUAUCUGAGUACCGCCGUCGCAUUACGGGCGAAUUUCUUGGGGAGACGGAGAGGAAGAAGGGGCGCAGAGGAGGAAAACGAGAAGGAGAUGCGGUUGUCUGCAUUCAGCAUCAGCACUGACAUUUCUUACGAAAGACGUUGACGGUCACUAAAAGAAAAGAGGGAGAACUUGUAAAACACGUCUGUCAGGAACGUAUAGGUGGUCUCCUUCAGCGUUGUUAAGUGAGGUAAAAAAAAAAAAAAACAACUCUUAAGCAUUUUCCCGUUUCCUGCUUCUUCACAACAGCAGCGACGGCCUGAGUCGGCGACGGUUCACCUGGCUGCUGCACGCGACGACGUUCAGUCACAACUAGCUAACGUCAACUGGCAAAAAUGGACCGUUGGUUCGGUUUCAGGUAGCCGACCUGAAGCGUUAAAUUAAAACUGUUCGUGUCCAGAGAGUUGCACGUCUAUUUCUGCAUCACAGUGGAAGCCAGUUCCACUUCCUUGUACUUGAAACGGAUAUUUUUUUCCUCCGUUUUACAAGCUAGUUUCUUGUUUUGUUUUUUUUUGUUUGUUUUUUUCCCAAAAAUGUUUUCGAGGAUGGCACCGCACAGUCGGACUGGUUUCGCUCGGAGUGUACCAGAGCUAGGACUGCUCCUGCUGACGAUACUGGUGCUGCUAGAGGGCUCCGUGCUGCGGCUCGGAGCAGCCAGCUCGCCGGCGACCCAAAGCCAUGGAGCGGCGGACUGCCCCAAACCUGUAGAGACACACCACAACAAAACCAAAAAGGCAUUCCCCGUCCUCAGCUUCGAAUACGACCACGUCAAAAUGCCCUUUGAAAUUUCAUUGUGGGUGCUUCUGGCCUCUUUGAUGAAAUUAGGUUUCCAUCUGAUUCCUCGUCUGUCGAACAUCGUUCCUGAGAGUUGCCUGCUUAUUGUUGUCGGGCUGCUGGUGGGAUGUCUCAUCAAGCUAGCUCGAGAAGAUGUCCCACCAGUCCUAGACUCUCAAUUCUUCUUCCUCUGCCUGCUGCCCCCCAUCAUCCUGGAUGCUGGCUACUUCCUGCCCAUCCGACCCUUUAUGGAAAACCUUGGAACAAUCCUGAUGUUUGCUGUUGUGGGGACUUUAUGGAAUGCAUUCUUCGUCGGAGGCCUCCUCUUUGCGUUAUGUCAGAUCCCACAAGCCGGCCUUGAUAUUGGACUACUGCCUUGCCUGCUGUUUGGUUCCAUCAUCUCUGCUGUGGAUCCUGUUGCUGUGCUCGCUGUCUUUGAAGAGAUUCACAUAAAUGAGCUGUUGCACAUCCUGGUGUUCGGUGAAUCGCUCCUGAAUGAUGCUGUAACUUUGGUACUCUACAACCUUUUUGAGGAGUUUUCAGAAGUUGGCUCAGUGACGGUGUUGGACGGCAUCCUGGGAGUCAUCUCAUUCUUCAUCGUUGCAUUGGGUGGCGUCCUGUUUGGAGCCAUCUACGGGUUCCUGGCUGCCUUCACGUCUCGUUUCACCUCACACACUCGGGUUAUCGAGCCCCUUUUUGUGUUCGUCUACAGCUACAUGGCCUACCUGUCAGCUGAGAUGUUCCACCUUUCAGGCAUCAUGGCGUUAAUAGCAUGUGGAGCAGUGACCCGACCCUACAUAGAAGCUAAUAUAUCCCACAAGUCCCACACCACAAUCAAGUACUUCCUUAAAAUGUGGAGCAGCGUUAGCGAGACGUUGAUCUUCAUCUUCCUUGGUGUGGCCACAGUGGAAGGACCCCACCGCUGGAACUGGAUCUUCGUCACAGCAACUGUCAUCCUGUGUCUGGUUGCACGAGUUAUAGGUGUGGGGGGUCUUACGUAUGUAAUCAACAAGUUCCGCAUUGUGAAGCUGACCACCAAGGAUCAGUUCAUUAUAGCCUAUGGUGGGCUGCGAGGUGCCAUUGCUUUUUCGCUGGGCUUCCUUUUGAACAAAAGCUUUGAGAUGAGGGAAAUCUUCCUGACUGCCAUCAUCACAGUUAUUUUCUUCACCGUCUUCGUUCAGGGUAUGACCAUCAAACCCCUGGUGGAGCUGUUGGCAGUGAAGAAGAAACAAGAGGCUAAACGCUCAAUUAACGAGGAGAUUCACACACAGUUCCUUGACCACCUGCUGACUGGGAUUGAGGAUAUCUGUGGACACUAUGGACAUCACCACUGGAAAGACAAGCUGAACCGCUUUAACAAGAAAUAUGUGAAGAAGUUCCUGAUUGCAGGCGAGCGCUCCAAAGAGCCACAGCUCAUUGCCUUCUACCACAAGAUGGAGAUGAAACAAGCCAUUCAGCUGGUGGAGAGUGGAGGGGGAUCUAAGCUGCCUUCUGCCAUGCCGUCAACAGUUUCCAUGCAGAACAUUCAGCCCAAGCACCAGCCUGCUCCUCCUAAGCCCACAGAGAGAGCUCUUCCACAGCUGCCCAAAAGCCGAGAGGAAGAGAUCAGGAAAAUCCUCAGGACCAACCUUCAGAGGACACGGCAGAGGCUGCACUCGUACAACAGACAUACUCUGGUGGCGGAUCCUGAUGAGAACGCAUUUAAGGACUUAAUCCUGAAAAAGCAGAAGAUGAUUGAACUGGACAGAAAGAUAAAAGAGAUGACCAUGUACCUGACUGUCCCCGCUCCUCAUCAGGGCUCCCCAACCAUGAGCAGAGCCAGACUGGCUUCAGGCAGAAAUACUGAUUUCAUACCUGCUCAGCAGCAAAAAGGAAACAAAAAGUCAUCAGAUCCCCAGGCUUACAACAUAAAGCCAGCGUCAGAUGCCAUGCCCAUCAUCCAGGUUGACCUGGCGUCUCCACAGUCCCCAGACUCUGUCAACCUGUUGGAUGAGAUUGGAAAGGCUGACCGGGGGGAGGAACAAGGCCUGAUAAUGAAGCCUCCUCCAGGGUUGAGUGGAUCAGACCAACAUGGUGAGAAAGAGAAAGAUGACUGGAGAGAUCAGCAGAAGCUGAUGAGGUGCCUGAGCGACCCCGGUCCCGGUGCGGAGGAAGAUGAGGAUGAACCCUUCCUACCUUAAAUUGCAGAGCAGACAAAUCUGGCAGCACGGUACACGUUAGAGAGCUGAGUUGUUGCUCUGGUUGAAAUUCUAUCAAAAAAGCUCAAACUGCAAAUGCUGUAAGAACCAGAAACAAAAAGCAAGAGGAAGAGCCUGAAGGCAAAAGAGCCAUUACCUUAUUAUUGUCAUUGCUCCUUAUUUUGUAGACGGCAGUCAAAAUUUGCUGCUGCACCUAAAAGCUGGAAGAAGGUAGAUUUCAUAGCUGACCGUCUCAGACAUUCAGGAAAGAACUAUGCAUUACCAAAGCUUUGGACUGUUUUAGUGUUAGACUAUGUUCAUUUUAAUAUUCAGCAUCAGUCUUUAUCUUGUGUCUUUAAAGUCACGUUCUGUGAGACAUGCAGGACCUGUAGACCUAAAUAUAAUCAACAAAAAGAAAUAUGUUCACUUUUAUUUUCAAGCUUUGAACUUUAGAUUUGAGAUUUUUGCAUCAACCUGUCUCUUGAAAUUGCUGGAUAUACAAACACUUAGAUGUAGCUCAAACAUUUGGCCUUUUUCACUUUAGACUUUUUUCCAGAUGCAUUUUUUCUUUGCCUCUUUUUAAAUGACAUCUAAAUCUUUUUUAUUUUAAUUUCACCAUCAUCUGUUUAGAAUCAGUCUAAUCCAUUACUGUGGAAUAUGGAUUCGAAGCUGGACUUGUAUUUAGUGGAGGCUUCUGAGUUACUGAGAGAUGUUUCAAAACUGCAGCCUUUCUCUAUGACGGAAGCAUUAAUUACAUGGAAACCUUUUUAUUACAGGAGGUUGAUGCGUUUUGACCCUUAAGAACAGACUUUGUCUGAAUGUUGGAGAAGCUUUUUUGCACAGUUUUUUGAGCUACCAUCAUCCCCGCUCCCUUAUUUAAUUAAAAUUACUUCUACAGAUAUUUACCUCAGUUAAUAUCAACCUUUUCAGCUCUGAUUAAAAGUUGUUCAAGCGAUUUUUAAAACAUUUUUUAUUCCCUACAUAAUUGAAUGGCCAAGUGCGCAUUAGCAACCAUUUUCUCAUAUCAAAUAUUUAAAAUGUUUCUUCAGUUUGUACGGCCAUCUAUGAAUGCUUUAUAAUCUCAGACUGCCUGCUUCUCAUGGCAAAAAUAUUUAAUACUAUGCAGUAUAGAUGUUUAAGAUACUAUCGUCUUUCUAUACCCUUUAAAAGUCAUUUAACUCAUGCCAAUUAUUAAGGUGAAGUGAAACAUCAAACAUGGGCAUUAAUGAAAGCAGUGGACAAUAAAAUAAAUCCACGUGAAUUUUUUUGCACAGCCUAGCUAUUAACUUGUUUAUCAUAUAAUCCCAACUGUUUGAUAAGAGUCCUGUCAUGUUAGUAUAACCAUCAUAAUCAUAACGGUUUACCUGUACAGAAACUGCUGGAUGACACGGACAUUUUCCACCAUUUAUUAAAGUUUAACAACUCUUACAGUUUACAUUUUUUGAUUAUUAGUUUGUUGGAGCCCACAAUUCUGCUUUUCAUAUGACAAAUCUGCCAAGUGUUUAUUUGCAAAACCUAAAUAUUGAUUUGUUGUUUUAUUUAUUUCCAAAAAAUUGCUUUUAUUUAUAUAAUUCUUGUUAAUUGUUAACAUCUUCACUGGUUUAUUCUAUAAUAAUGAUAUAAAUAUAAACAGAACGACAAAUCAUAGGUAAUUGAUUCAAUUUGAUUUGACGACAAUAUUUACUUGUUAUAAAUGUGGUUGCCCCACAUUGUCUGUACUUGUAUGGUAUUUACUUUUUUAUAGUUUAUAGGUGAUAUGUAAUAUGGCACUAAAGCUAAGAUUGAAUUAAUUUACAGAUUUUAUAACUGAUGUUUAAAGACAUCAGUUAUAAGUAAAAUUUCAUUUAUUUACACUAAUUAGUGUUUCACCCAAAUCUGGAGACAAACUUUGACUUCCUGACUAAAGGUGCAUUUAAUCCCCUCCAAGAAUAAGUUGUCUUGGACCAUAAUUUAACAUCUCUGUUUCCACUCUUAUCUACCAGAGUAAAAAUUAAUUCUCAGGGUUUAGCCCAAAGAGUUGGGAGGAAGUACAUUUAAUAUUAACUUGAGCAUUUAUAUUAGAGUUUUGUGGAGGAAGGAUUUUGAGUAUUUUGAAUUUGUAACAUUUCAGGCAUCCCAGGUUAAAAUCAUUGACAGCUCAUUUAUUCAGCUGACUUUACCAGUUAUAAAAGGCAGAUUUCUGCCUUCAGUUGUCUGUGGAGAAAGAGAGAGUAAAUAUUUUUUGGGUUUUAAAUCAUUUAUGUAUGUGUUCUAGAAAUGUGUAUCAUUAACAGACUUUAUACAUCAUGUCCUGCUGCAUGUUUACAAUGCUCUUCUGAAGGGUAUAGUGUCAGAUUUAUUAAUUCAACACCUGCUAAUGUUGGACCUUUACUCCGAGUUAAGAAAGAUUUCAGUCUUGUUUCAGAGUGUAACCGUUGUGGGGAGAGAAAAUCAGAAGCUAUGGCCGCAGAGCUCCAGGUUGUAAUCCUAAUCAAUCGGAGCAGCUGUUCAUCUCUCUUCUGCCAAAAAUACAGCGAAGGUGGAAGUCUGCCUCUGAAAAAUAUAUUUACAACUUGUAAGAGUUGCACCUUUGCACAGAGGUUGGUGUGACUUAACAUAAGUUAUAGAGGAACCCGCCGUGAAAGAAUCAUAGUUAUAAUUUUAUUGCUGAAAAACACAGACUUUUGUUGUUGCGCCCACUCUGCAACACUCCUGAGCAAGGUCAUAUAGGAGGGGUAAGGCAGGCAGCUCUGGGAGUUGAGGCCUUGCCAUGCAUCUCCAGGUCCAUGAAUGCAAGCUGCGUGGACCUCGCUGACAAGCAUGCUUUCCACAGAUUCACUACAGCCUCCUUAGGAGUUUAGUAUUGCACACAGCCAGGAAGUCCUAAAAAUCUGGGCUGCACACGGACGUUCUCUGAGAAUCUUAAUAGACCCUAGUGGACGGGUACAAGUAACGACAUGUUCAUCACACAGGCUCCAUGGUCAAGCAGACCGCAGAACAGACAGCUUUAUUAAGUGUUGGUUUUUUUGAGGUGUUGGUGACAACCGAGUCUUUCCGGAUUUUGUAAUCCAGAAAGUAGAUUAAAUCUGCAAAUUCCUGAGAAGUUAGUUUUUUAUAAUUUAUGUCAUAGAUAGCUUGCUGUGGAGAUUGUAGCACUAACGCUCAAAUAAAUCAGCGAGGACUAAAUUUAUGGCCGUUUUAAAAACAAAAAGGGAACAACCUCCAACUACAAGAUGCUCUGAGAAUCUGUGCCACUAGAACCAUUCUCAACAUUACAGCCAUUCAAAGGCAGUUUAUUCAUCUUUAAACCUCUUCUUCCUCACGAAUCCUGCAGGACAUAUCGCACGCCUACACCUACAUUUGCUUUUCAGUAUGUGCAGCUGUUUGGAUUAAAAUGAGACGAUCUGUGUGGUUAUUAUAUUACUUGCGAGGGAGCCAAAAAAUUUUAGGGUUUAGAUUUCAGUAAUAAAAUUUUCCAGAUGACUUCAUAUGAUUCCAAAGACUUUAGUUUUAAAGUAGAGAGAACAAAACUAUUUUCAUACUUUUGUUUUUCAUUACCAGUGAAUCUUUUGGGCAAACAUUCUCACAUACCUUGGAGAGGAAUGUUUGGUUCACAAAUCCUUUAUUCAGAAGCCAUAAAGCCUAUAUUAAAGCAUUUUUACUGUAUCCAGAUUUAAUGUAACAUGUUGCCUCAGUUAAGUUAAACCAUCUGUGUUCUUUCAAAUGAUCUCGUCCUGUUGUUCAUGUAAACACUGGAUAUUCUUCCACAGUGGUGAAUUGUUUCAACUUGUUGCAUUCGUCAACACUAUUGCCUCACCAGCAUCCACCGGAGCUUCGCUGUUCUCGUUUACGCUUCUGCCUUUUACAAUACUUCGUGUGCUUUACAUGUUCAAGUGCUUCAUUGUAAAAACAUUGUUUUUUUUUUGUUGUUUUUUUAUUGGCUUCAUAUGAUGUCGAGGUUUUCUGCUUUUAGAAACAAGAAGUUCACCCUUACUGUGACUGUGUCAUUGCAUGUUUACUUGAACGGUGAACUUUGAGCUUUGCUUUUAAAAGAAGAGAGUACUGAAAAAAAGAUUGACUUGAGCUUUUUGCUGAGUCACAGUGUUCCUGUAUUUAAACUGCUUUCCUGGAUAAAGUGAGUACAAUCAGACCCACAAACUAAGCAAUAACUGUCUUUAAAUCAAGGUCACUGUCUGCAUGUUUUGGAUUCAAAGUUUGUUUUCUGGAGAUUUAUCCAUUCACCAAUCUACUUGUAUUGUGUACAGUCCCCCCUUCACAAGAUUCUUCUGCUUUUGCCUUUUUGUCGCUGAAAUGUUUUAGAUCAUCAAAUAACAUUUUAUAUCAGACAUAGCUAACCUGAGUCAGUACAAAAAGCAGUCUUUUAAUGAUGUCAUUCACUAAAGGAAGAAAUCUAUCUAAAGCAGCUGUGGAUAAAGUAAUUACUUCCAAACAUAAUAACUGGUUCGUGGUGGCAGUAACUGUCAUCAGACAUUUGCUGAAACUUGCAAUUAGUCUCUUGCUUUGCUGUGGAGGAAUUUUAGCCCACUCCACUGCCUCCACAUUGACAGGUUUUCAACCAUGAACCUUUUCAAUUGUUUAAACUCAUGCCACAACAUCUCAAUCUGAUUCAAGUCCAGACUUUGACUAAGCCACUUUAAAACAUCAUUUUGUUUGUUUUUUGUGAGCCACGUAGAAAGGGAUGUGCUGGUUUGCUUUAGAUUAUUGUCCUGCUGCAUAACCCAGCUGAAGGUCCCGCAUCGAUGGCCUGACGAGCAGCAAAGCAGCCCCAGACCAUCACACCACCACCACCAUGUUUGACUCUCAGUGUGAUGGUUUUUUGGUAAAAUGCUGUCUGUUUAAUGCCAGAUGCACACAUUACUUGCCAGGCCCCACAAAAUAAAAAAUUGCAUCUCUGUGUUUUGGUAAAUGUGAGACGGGCCUUCGUAAUUGGGUUAUUUAUUUUUUUUUUUUUGAGCUAUGGUUUUCACCUUGAAGCUUUGCAUGGAUGCCAUUUUUGCCCAAAUAUCUUUCUUACUGUCGAAUCACAAAUACUGACCUUAGCUGCAGCAAAUCAGAUCUGCAGUGCUUUACAUGCUGUUUCUGGGUCCUUUUGUGACCUCCUAGAUGGGUGAUUGUCAUUCCUUUUGUUGGUCAUGGCUCUCGCUGUAGUUCACUGUUUUGUAACUCUUUCCAGGUUGGUAAAUGUCAGUGAAUUGGUUUCUGCUAUGAUCCUUGCUUUUUGGGACCAGCUAGCUUACUUCAUGUCACAGUUUCUAUAGUUUUUUUAAUUCUGCAGUUCUGGCUCUGACUAUGACCGUUGAAGUUAACUUUAAAACAAAAUGAUAUCAACAUUUUCAAACUGCAUUUUGUAUUUACUCUGAUUAUUUUUUUAAUUUUAAAAAUUGGUUCAGUUAUCUGAAACAUUUAAGGUUUGACCAAAAGGCAUAAACUGUUUCAAAGCACCGUUUGAUUGAUAUUUCCUGGUUCUUUCAGGUCUUGAAGUUUCAGCAACACAAUCUUUAACAUGCAUAACAUGUUUAAACCAAAUUCCUCUAGCAUCAUUUUCAGACACUAAACUUUAAUCAUUUAGAGGGGUAUUUGUCAUUUUUCAGCUUUAGAAACAUUUCCCACAUGAGCCAAAUGCAUCAAAUCAAUUACUUGUUGAUUUGGGCUAAAUCAAGCAAAAACGAUAACAUUUGACCCAUUCACCAGCUCAUUACAUUCACUUUACAGAUGAUUAUUGCAACUAUAACAGGUGGGAUUUACUGUGUUGAUGACACGCAUGUGUCAUCAACACAGUCCCAACAGUGUCAUCACCACCCAGGGAUAUUUUUCUUCCUUGUUUACCUCGACUUUCUCCACUUUGCCUUAUCUGGCUCCCUUUGUAGCUACUAUUUUACACAAUGCAGAGCAGUUAAUUAAAGCAGUACCUUGAUUUAAAACACACAGAUGUUGGAGAAAGCAAUAAAUAGCUUUAAUUUAGUGUACCGUAAACAUUGUGCAUCAGUGGCAGAGGAAUGUACUUUAUGAUGGGCCUUCUUAAAGGAGUGUGAUUAGUUUAAUGAAGCUGGCAUGUAAAACCUUAGAAAUUGUAAUGUUAUGACUUCAUUUCAGUGUGGACUAGAUUUCCAUUUUAGUCACUUUUUCUUUCUUUUCAUUCUUUCUUUCUCUUCGACCUGCUAAUUAAAAUAUUGUAUUAAAUAGAUAUUUUUUUAUCAUACAUCCACAUAUAUGGGAAUAUGUUGUACAUAAAAAAGAUUGGAAUUUGAAUAUUUGAUGUACAAGUCAGAAGCUGACUAUAUGAUGUGUGCACUUUCUUGUAAAUCAUCUUUCCUCUUUUCAUUGUAAUGACUACUAAAACUAACAGCCAUCAUGUAAAGUACGUCGGACGCUGUACAUUAAAGUUUAACUUUAUAACACACCUGUA